GCCUCCUUACCGCCAUCACUGCGGCCGAGUUCGAGUUACGCGGCGUCGACUUUCCAUAUACGUCCAAGCUAUGCAGUGCCCUGAUGAUUUCUUACCGCUGCCCGCGACCUGCGAAGGCCUGUGAAUCUCCGAGUGCCAUAAAAUGGCAGAACGCGCAAUAGCGUGAGGACACACUUCUUUCCUUCUCCAGGCGCAAUGGCAACCACGCAACAUCCUGAGUUGACCAAGACCAUUUGCGUCAUUGGGUCCGGUGCUGCAGGGCUCAUUACUGCACACACACUCCUCCGCGAUGGUUUUACCAAUGUCGACGUGAUCAGCAGAGAUAGCUCUGCGGGAGGUAUCUGGGCGGCGGAGCGCGUGUAUCCUGGUCUCGUCAUUAACAAUGUGCACGGCGAGUUUAGGUUCUCGCACCAGCCCAUGCCUGCCCCGACAAACUCGGAAGAGACUGGUGGCCGCCUCUCCGGAGACGAUAUGCGCAAGUACAUGGAGUCAUUUGCCGAACGCUUCCUCAAGGGCCGGAUACGGUAUAACAUGGAUGUCCUCAGAAUCAGCAGGCAUGCUCCCAGCAAGGACGGCGCAUCGACUACCAAGGGCUGGACAAUCGAUGUCAUGGACAGGAAGACUGAGUCUCAAUUCCAGCUCGACUACGACAAGGUCGUCCUUUGCUCUGGAGGCUGCAGUGAGCCAUACACCCCUUCGACCCUGACUGAAAGUGCUGCCAAGGAAGCCGGCUUCACCGGUCCUGUCUUCCACUCUGCGCAGCUCCGCAAAAACAUGGACAGCAUAUUGGCUGCCGUCAAGCCCAUCACGGAUGUCAACCCUGGCAGGGCGAUUGUUAUCGGCGGCGGUAGGUCUGCACAAGAUGCCGCCGCAUUCCUUGCAAACCAGGGACGCAAAGUUUCAGUCGUCUUCGAGACCGCAGAUGCAGUCAUCGCCACCCAAAGUCCUGUGCCCGAGGUCAUCCGCAAGAGCAGGUUGAUGUCCAUCCUAUCCCCCCAUGCCGAGUUAAACACCAACCUUGAGCGGUUCCUCCAUAAUACUUGGGUAGGCAGCCAGAUAACGCACGGUAUCUGGAACGCACUAGGAAGCAACUCGUUCAGUGCUCUCUCCGUCCCCCAGAACUCUCCCCUCCGGAACUCACACUCCCUGUUCUGGGAAGCGCGCACCAAUGAUGAGGGCAAGACGAACCCAUACCGCUUCCAUGGCCUCGUUGCGGCUGGCAAGAUCAAGCUCAUCGCUCCCAACCGUGUAGAGAAGUUCGGCAGCGACGGACACUCGGUCGUCCUCUCUGAUGGCACUCGGGUCGAGGCAGAUGCUGUCAUCGUUGCCACUGGCUUCAAGUCUUCGUGGGGAAAGAUGUUCGACCGCAACACGCUAGUUAAGCUGGGUCUCGAGCGCGAAUCUGCGUCUUCGCGUAACAUCAACUACACCGAAGAAACCAACUACGCCUCGCUGUCCGGCACAACUUUGCCGCAUCCUGCCAAGCCUAACUACAAGUUCCCUGCGUGCAUCUAUCGCGGUAUUGUCCCAGCUGAGAACAUCCUCGAACACGAUUUCGCCAUCAACGGCGCCAUCAUGUCCGCGAACAACGGCUACACUUUCGAGGUUGCCUCGCACUGGAUCGCGUCGUACUUCCGCAAAGACAGAUUCCUUGACAUGCCUGCAUCCGUGGGCGAGGCGGUCAUCCAAACCGAACGGCACAAUGCGUGGCUCAGGCAGCGCUACCCCGGUGCGCACGGUGCUCUCAGCGAGAGCUACAGCGGCGAUAUUACAUUCUUCAACUGGCCGCAGACGACCGACGCACUGCUGCAAGAUAUGAGCCUCCGGACGAUGCGAAGUGGAGGUAGCUUCCUCACCUGGCCGUUCAAGUCCAUCGACAUCUCGGAGAUUGCAGACCUUACGGAGGAGCGUGAAGAAAAGAGAAUUAGCCAGCCGGUGUGGUAAACGUCGGCUUGAAGCUAGUAAAGACUUCCUUUCCAGUUGCAGCAGUAUUUUAUAUGUAUGCGCUAGCUGUAUCUUUUUUUAAAUCAGGUUUUCUUGUCAUGGAUUUUUAUGUCAAUGUACAGCGUUUCAUGUAGAGGACAAAAUAGAGAUAAUCAACCAAUGUUAAUGUUUGUGCCGC